AUGCUGGCAGAACUGCUCAAGGAGUUGGAUGUGGUGUUUGUGAAGAAUCCGGGUCUCAGAGCCAUAGAGAAGGUCUAUGACUUCAUAGACCUAAAUCGAUGCUGCUGCCAUAUUAUAUUUAAUAGUCUCCCUAAGGAUGGAAUGGCCUUCUUGAUUCUGUUUUCUACUUCCUUGUCAGUUGUUAUAUCGUUGGUCAAAGAGCUGCCUAGAUAUCUCUUCUCAUUCAACUUCCCCCAGAUCACAGUUCUUCGCCUCUUGCAAGCCCUCCUAAAAAUCCCAUCUCCUCCAGGAAGUCAUCUCCGAUUAAUUCACAUCACCUCCAUUGCAUCAGACCAACACCCACAUUUAAGACACGUACUCGAAUUGAAUCGAAUAAAAUUGCAAGUUGUUUUGAGGAGCCCUCUUGAAAAAGCGUCUUCAAAAAUAAAAAAAGAGGUGAAAAUCAAGAAUACAAAAAUAAAGUCGAGUAAAUACGAUGGGGAAAACAGAAAAAAUGCGAGCGCGUCAAAGGCUCCCUGCAUCCCAAAUCAGCUGUCCUUCUCUCCAUUUGAUCUGGUGCCCAAAGGAGUUCGUUCAACUCAGGAAAUGCCCCCUUCCCUGACCCUCGCCCUGGUCGCCUGGGCCUCGAUGUGGGCCUCGACGUGGACCUCGAGCGGAGCCUCCGGGGCCUCGGAGCCAGCAGCAGCAGCAGCUUCAGGAGUUUCAGGAGCUGCAGGAGUUGCAGCAGCAGCCCAGAAGGUUACCUGUGCCGCAGGCGGCCCAUGCUACCUGGGGGUCUCCGGGCAGGUGUCCCCCGGCCAGAUGUUGCAGUGGAAAGUCGGGGAGCUGAAGGUGAUGGUGAUGUACCCCUCGGCUCCUCCAGAAAUCCACAGGCCUUUCAGAGAACGGUUCCAUGGCCAGCAGGACUCGAGGCUGCUCAUUGACCCCUGCAAGCCGGAGGACAGCGGCAACUACACUCUGGUGGUCAGCCCGGGCCAGCAGCCCCUCCAAAUCUGUCUCCAUGUCAUCAAGCCCUUAGCGCUGCCAGAAAUCAUGCUCAGUUAUUCUGAGGGAAACACCAUUGCUCAGCUCACCUGCCGCGUGGCCGUGGGAACAGCAGAUAAGUAUGACUGGAAAAAGAAUGGGAAGCCCCUCUAUGCCGAUGACCACCACCAGUUCUCUCGGAACAAAAGCGUGGUACAGAUCACCAACGUGACCCAGAUCGAUGAGGUCUCUUACUCCUGUAAUGUCAGCAAUGAGGUCAGCUGGAUCGAGACCAUCCUUCAGUUACAAGCCCCAGGGUAGCAGGAUCAGAAGCAUUACAAACGGAAUUUGCCAUGGAUUUUGAUCCUAAUGGUUCCAGUUGCAAUAGGAAUAUUCUUAUAUGUAAAAAGAAGGAGAGAAACGGCAUAUGAAGAAUCUGCCAGGGACCAUCCUACUUUGCUCAGCCCUCCUUCGUGACCCCGUCAUUCAGGGCAUUACAGCUGUGUAGAUAACCCCAUUUAUUUAUAUUAAUGUCUGUCUCCCCCUCUAGACGGUAAACUUAUU